GUUGCGGGAACGGACACUCCCCGGCCAAGGGCCAUCCUCUCCUGUCGGGGUGCGCUCGGCCCAGAACCCGGAGCGGGGUUCCCCCCCAACACCUCGUUGCAGGCGUUCUGCCGUGACUUUCCUGCACUUUCUCGCACCGUACCCGGUUCCCUCCUAGAACGUCCUCCUGACGACGGCCAGAGUCCUGCAGCCCGGCCUGCGUCCUCCGUCCUGUUACCCGUGGAACCGCAGAGCGCCCCCUCCCGCCCCCUCCCGCUCCCAGAGCAGCGGCCCAGGUGCAGUGUGGCCCCAGCCUGUACUCUCUCUGGCCUUGCAGAUCCCAGCAUCAGCCGAUACCAUGUGUGGUGGCUCCCGGAGGUCUGUGCUCACAACAGAAGCAGCGGCGUGGAGACCUUGUCCGGCAUCACCCAGGACAAUUACAUAAUUCUUCAAGAUCUGUCGUUUUCCUGCAAAUACAAGGUGACCGUCCAGCCGGCCCGGCCCGCAGGCCGCUUGAAGGCAGAGACCGUUUUCUUUACGACGCCUCCGUGCUCAGCCCUGAAGGGGAAAAGCUACAAGCACGUUCGCUGCCCGGGCGAGGCAGGUCACGUGCCGGCCAAAGUGCUCGCCAAGCCCGAGAACCUCUCUGCCUCGUUCGUCGUCCAAGAUGUGAACAUCACGGCCCACUUCUCCUGGAAGAUGGCCAAGGCCAACCUCUACCAGCCCAUGACGGGCUUUCAAGUGACCUGGGCUGAGGUCACGACCGAGAGCAGACAGAACAGCUUACCCAACAGCAUCAUCUCUCGCUCCCAGAUUCUGCCUUCGGACCAUUACGUCCUCACGGUGCCCAACCUGAGGCCGUCCACGCUGUACCGACUGGAAGUGCAGGUGCUGACUGCGGGAGGCGAAGGGCCGGCCACCAUCAAAACCUUCUGGACGCCCGACCUCACGCUGCCCUCAGCGGACAGACCCCAUCUUAAACCUCGGCAUCCUCAUCAUUACAAGCCUUCUCCAGAAAGAUACUAAACAGCUCAAUGUGUGAGAAUCGAAGAACGAACAAGCUGGUUGAGCUUCACGGUGCAGACAUGCUGCUAUGAAGCCAGCAGGUGCCCUGCGUGACCUCCCUCUCCCAUGUAACCUUGUGCUCUGGGUCCCUCUGCCCAUCUCAACGCAGCUGGAAAGGAGUGACUCACAGCCGGUGGGGGUGGACACCCACUUCCCAGAAUGGAGGCCCAUCGAACCUGAAAUCGGAAUAUCCACGAAUGAACCUCUACUGAAUAAUUGCACAGAUGAGAUCUCCCUGGAUUCAGAGCAGCAAAUUCUCAGAACAAAUCAAUGUAACAAACACACAGUGCAUACACAUACUAAGCAUAACAUAUAUCAAUAAAACAUUUUUAAAUUAAACAAUUGCUUUGAUUUGCAAAAUCUAAUAAGGUGAUGCAGUUUGUAAGCCCUAUGUAUUCAAAUCUUCCGAAAGAUUUAUAUAAUGUGUGAUUUAUUCUUAAACCUCAAAUACAUAGCAAUUAAGUUCCAUCUAUGAUUGUCCACACCUGCAGCCCCUGAGCCCCGUUCACACGAAGGCGAAUGAGCAUCUCGUGUGUGAGCUAUGCUUUACGAAAGGCUCCCAAAGCAGGGAGCAUUCAGCGAAUCCGCUGCUAUCCACAGUCUGCCUCGGAGAAAUGAAAAUGCUUUUCUGGGGAUAUGUUUUCAUGCUUCAUCCUAUAAAAUGAGAGACCUUUCCGAUACGUUUUCUUAUUUAUAUUUUCCUUUUUCCCUCCAUGCAGAAAAGAGCUGCUGGUACACUUUGUUUUACCACUUCAUGUAUCUCAAAAUUUACAGAGCCUUUUGCUUAAAGUGAGAAUCCCAACUGUUGAAUAUUUUCCAAUCUCUACUAAGAUUUGCCUUUUCUUAAUCAAAGUAAGCUAUCUGAAUGCUAGAAUAUUCUCGGUAACGUAGGACAAGAGGCUUUGAUUGAUAGAGGACAGCUAUUUGCUUGCCUUUAUUCUUUCAAACCUAUUCUGUGCGACUGCUUGGCUCCAAACGACCCUUCCUAGCAUGGACUCGGGUCGGAACCCAUCAUCAGUCCAUGGUGCUGCUGAGCACUGGGGCAGCCUUCCACCCAGAAACAUUCGGUUUCAACCAAGUUUUUCUUGAGGGAAUAGCCACAGAUGUGGUUUGGAAUAGGCAUCUAUGUAUGUCUAUGUACGUGUGUGUGUGUGUGCGCACACACACACACACCUUGAGUGUGACUCACAGCGGAAAUUCUCUUCACGGCUCACCAAUGGUGCAGAAAGAUCCGGUUCUUGUAAAGGGAAGGGUCAUGUAUUUUUCCCGUCGGUGUUUAUUCUGUGAGGAAAGAGCAAUUUAUCAGCAUUUCAACAUCUUAAAGGAACGGCUUCCUCCACUCAUCGUGCAGCUAACUCAAUCGGGGAAACGUCUGGGACCAUUUUCUUGGGUUACGAUGGUGGCACUGGGUACCUGCCGUGUUGUGGGUUUCUGGAAGCGUGCAGAUGCAGAGACAGCUCGAACUCCUUCACUUCACCAGUGUCUGAAGGCAAACGUGCUACAAAAUGGAGACAGAGUAUUUUUAUUAUCAGAUGGAUGCGUAUCUUUAGGAAACGCGGUCUGUACCCAUGGAUACGUGGAAACAGAGAGUAAAAACUGUCUCCUGGGUAGCAAAGAGUUACAGUGAUGAUGCGGGCAAUGUUUUGUAGCUUCGUACAAGUGACCCUCGUGGGAAAGACCAGCGUGAAGGUGCAUGGGCUUCCAAAUGCUUGUCCGCGGCUCCUGACGCGGUCCGGACGGACUCAGCCCCAUGAGGUCCAAAGUCCCCUGGUUUCUCACGGAGAGAACCGGAAGCACCCCUCGUUUCCAACCACCCCAAGCUUGACCCAACACCACAGGUAUCUCCGCGGAAACUAGGAUUUACGCCAGUGCCAUGGGCUGCAUCUGAAUGUCAAGUUCUCAAGUUUUCACAAAUGAAGACGUCUAAUAUUGGCUACAAGUUUAUCUUUACCCUGAAUUUGUCACGAACAAAUCCAGUAUUUGUGCCAGCAAAUUUCUGUACUGUUGUAUAGUUCAAAAUGCAGGAGUAUACACAUAGAUACGAAAUAUUAUUAAAUUAUUAUGUAAGUUUGAUUUUAUAAGGUUUAGUUAUGUGUCUUUUGUCUGGGCAAUAGACAAUGAGCAAAUACAUUUUUAGUUUGGAUGAAGGUUCUGAAGCUUACACCUUCCUUACAAAAUCGAAAGCUGCUCCUGUGAGCAUCUCAUUCUGCAAUAACAAAACUUAAAUUUUAUUCACACAGUUGGAAGAAAAAUGCUGUUAAUUAGAUGAUUAAGGAAACAGGAGUCUCUUUUAUGAACUUCAAUGACCUUCAAUAAUAUGCGAAUCAGCCAAGAUAUAAUUACUUUCUUUUUUUAAUUUAAAAAAUUUGACUGCCCUAAUAAAGGGAUACAAUCUAUGGGUUUUUUUCUUUAAACAUUGUUUUAGUGGCUAAGUCUCUGUCUUAUUAAAAUUAAAUGCAUCUCUCUCAUAGGAGACACAUUGUCUCUCCUAGGAGAAAAUAUAUAUUCAGUGAUAUUUACUUUUACCGAUGGAGCCCAAAGUUCAAGUGUAAAGGUACGUCUGCAUGCUAGGAACCUGAACGAACCUAUAAGUAAUCACACAGAGCGGGCUUUGUCCACGUCUGUGUGGCUGGCAGGGGGGCCCCAGCCGCGCACCGUAGGGGGCCCAGCGGCAGCUCUGGCCUCACCCACCACAUGCCAGCGCCCCCAAGUUGUGACAGCCCACAGUUCUCCACACAUUGCCCACUUGCACCUGGGGGAGUAAGCCUCCCCUGGUUGAGAAUCCGUGCACCGGAGAGGGAGUGACCUUUACUAAACACGGGAGAAUCUGCCUCAUAUGAGGGACCCAGGAAACUGUAGGAGCCGAGCAAGAGCCGGGAACUUGGACUGCAAAGCCCUGAAUUGUGUCUUUCAUUGUGUCACUCAAACACCUGAUGGGAAGACUGAAUUCUGACGUGUCUCUAUCAUCUGAGUACAGAUAUUUUCUCCUUCGUAUCGGUCAGCGUCACGUGUGAUAAUGACUUAUUUAUUUAAUGCCCUUUCUUAUGCCUUGGGCCAUGGAUUUACUAAUUACGUUCACUCUUUCCCAUGAUUGCAAAUAGCUCUCAAUCUUGUUACACAAACCCUCACAUUGUAACCAGCACACAAAGGCUGAAUAUCUGUUGCAUGUUCUUAUAAUUCAUUUAAAAUAAUAAAUGCAUAAAGAUGGUGACUCUUACCUAUGGUUGUGCAUGGCCAGACUCCGUUUCUUGCCUCUACGGAGUAUUUUAGCAAGUUACACAAUUUACAGAGUGAUUAACAGAGGUCUGUAUGUAAAGUAAUUAUUAUUUCUUUCCUUAAUUAUACUGUAGUACGCAGAUAACAGAACAGCUACCUUCUCAUCCCAAUGGCCUAUAGAGAUCACAUCUCUUCUACUGGUCAUUUCAAGUCAAUAUUUAUUUAUGUAUGUAAUAAAAAAAAAGUGAUUUUUGUGUGUGUCUGUCAUGUUAGAAGUAAUCUUGUAAAAAAAUUUUGUAAAAACAAAGUAUUGUAAAUAGUCUGAUAUUCUGUGACUCAUUAUUUUCAUGUUAGAGUUUGUACAUACUGAUUCAGUAAUAAAGCAUCCUUAAACCUGC